AUGACCUCCUUGGCGCUCCCGGCAAGCUCUUCCGUCAGCUUGGCCACCUGUUGGUCAAGGUCAGUAUUGGCAGAGGAUGCAGCGGCAAGGUCAUCAGUGAGUUUCUUCAGCUGGGUUGCAGAAUCAGCAAUGAGGGCAUCCAGGGUGGCCGUGUGCUUGUCCUCUAGCUCCUUGAAGAGCUGUCCCAUCCUUGGAAUCCCCCUCCCCGCCGCGACUAGUCCACUCCAUCUUCCUUGGGAUCCCUCCCGAUCCACCCACCUGCUCAUCUCCUUCCGCGCCCAGCCACUGCUCUCCGUCGAUCCAUCCAUCCAAUCAGCAGCCACUCACUUCCUCCAUCGAUCCACCAAAGGAGAGCGAGUUUUCCCUUGCCUCCUUCGAUCCUGCUCGCACCCGAGCCCUCUGCCUAGAUCCACCGGAGGCCGACCGCAUCGCCGCCAAGAGGUUCCUGAGGAGAGGAGCUCCUCCUAUGGAGCCGAACUCCCCUACCUGAACUGCCGCCGCCUCGCGCCCAAAGACGCGUCGUCCCCAACCUCCCACCUCCAGAUUGGAUCGAGAGGAGCCCCUGCCUCCCCGCGCCUCACCACCUCGCCGUCCUCCGCCACCGGCCAGCUUGCCGGAGAAGCCGACCGGAGCACCGUUCUUCUCCCUCGCGGGCUAGAGCCCCGUGCCACCGCAACUCCCGGCGUCGCUGCCGUUGCCAAGUCCGCUUCGUCACCGGCCAUCCCUUCCUCCCGUGACCCUUCGCUGGAGUUCUCGCCUGAGACCUCCGUCAUGUCCGCCCAGGGUCUUCUCCUACCUCGAUCCGUCAAGUCCGCCGCCGGGAACGGCCUACACCGCCCGGAUGCGUGCCUCCCCUACCGUCGGCCUUCGCGUCUGCUUCCUCUGCAUCAUGCCAGUGCCGCCCUCGUCGUCGCGGUGUUCCUCUGCUUCUAGCGUCGCCGGCACACCGAGUCCUGCUGCGGCCUCUGUUCUUCUGCAACGAGUAGCAGCAGGUUGUUCGAGCGUUGACCGCGCCUGGCUGCUUUGCCUCCGCGCGUGGGCCUCCUCCAGCGCCCCAAGGCCCAGAGCUCCAGAUUCGGCCUCUGGCCCGUGGUGAGCACCCACUGCUAUCCUGCGCCCAUAAGCGCUGCAUAUUGUCCUGCGCCCGCUGAUGUGUAUCCCAGAUUCCGCCCAUCGUGCGUUUUUUUUCAUCGAACGAUUUUGCAAAUUACCAAUGACAUUCCUUUUUUACAGAAAACACCCUCAUGUUCAUGCAUGUGAUAACUCCACAACCGUGCAUCAUAUUAAAAUAAUUUAUAUAUGUAAAAUGCUUAGAAUUUCAUCUAGUUCCACAAUUUGCAGCUUUCAUCCAUGUUAAAAAGUUUAAACUUGCUGUUUGAAUUAAUUUGCAUAAAUGACAUGUUAAAAUGUUUUAUUUCAUAACUAUUUAAUCGUGGCUCCGAAUUAAAUAAACUUUAUAUGUAAAUUGUGUGGAAAAAUAUAUAGUUUAACAUGGUGCACUUUAACUUGCUGCUUAACAACUUUAACAUUAUGUUUUAAUCAGAUCAGUACGUAAUUCGAAAUUGGCAUAUGGGGAGUUUCCAGAAUUGUCAUGUGUUGUUUCCGGCCUCAUUUAAACUUACUUUGAUGUGGGGUUGUUAUAUGCAUCAUCUCUUGCCAUGAAUAGCAUCAUGUAGUCUUUUCAUGCAUCAUACUUGAUUGAGCAUCAUGCCAUGUUUAUGUGUUGUGUAUUUACCGUGUUGUUUGCUUGUUUUCGGUCGUGCUUCUUCUCAAUAGUUCCUG